UGCGCGCGGAGCGGGCUCCGGAGGGAAGUCCCGAGACAAAGGGAAGCGCCGCCGCCGCCGCUCGGCCCCCGCUCGUCCGUGACGCUCGCCGGGCCGCGGCCGCCCGAGGACUGGAACAUGUCGGGCAUCGCCCUCAGCAGACUUGCCCAGGAGAGGAAGGCCUGGAGGAAGGACCACCCGUUUGGCUUCGUGGCUGUCCCAACCAAGAACCCCGACGGCACGAUGAACCUCAUGAACUGGGAGUGCGCCAUCCCCGGCAAGAAGGGGACGCCGUGGGAGGGCGGCCUCUUCAAGCUGCGGAUGCUUUUCAAAGACGACUACCCGUCCUCGCCCCCGAAAUGUAAAUUCGAGCCACCGCUGUUCCACCCCAACGUGUACCCCUCGGGCACGGUGUGCCUCUCCAUCCUGGAGGAGGACAAGGACUGGCGGCCGGCCAUCACCAUCAAACAGAUCUUGUUAGGAAUCCAGGAACUGCUAAAUGAACCAAACAUCCAGGACCCGGCUCAGGCAGAGGCCUACACAAUCUACUGCCAAAACAGAGUGGAAUACGAGAAAAGGGUUCGAGCACAGGCCAAGAAGUUCGCGCCCUCGUAAGCGGAGCCCGCGCAGGAAGGGAUGGGUGGCGAGGACUUGUUUACAGUCCAGGUCUGAUUGCCCCGUACGCCGCUGGUCACCCGGGGUCGGGUGGGCGCCUGGGCCAUGCCGCCGCUGUACCCGUGCUCGAAUCUCACACAGGGUCUCUUCCUCCAGUCUUUUGUAUUUUUGAUUGUUAUGUAAAACUCGCUUUUAUUUAAAAAAAAAAAAAAAA